GACGUGGGCGGGAGCCAAUCAGGGCGCGAGGCCCGAGCAGCCUUGUGACAGACGAGGCGGCCCAAGCCAGCGCCGCGCAGCCCGGGCUGGGGAGCUGGGCGUCGGGGCGCAGCUGCUGCGAGUAACGCGAGGGAAGGCUCACGGCGGCUGCUCCGCAGCGGGGCUCGCACACAGACGCGCAUCCUCUUCCUGAGCAGCCGCGCCCCCUCCCCUCCCCUCCCCGCCCCCCCGGCAGCGGCAGAGCGAGGGGGGCUCGGAGCGAGACAAAGCAAAGAUGGCAGGGGUCCUAGCCUGGUUCUGGAACGAGCGGUUCUGGCUGCCGCACAAUGUCACCUGGGCGGAUCUGAAGAACACGGAGGAAGCCUCCUUCCCCCAGGCUGAGGAUCUGUACCUCGCCUUCCCUCUGGCCUUCUGCAUCUUCAUGAUCCGCCUGGUCUUCGAAAGGUUUAUAGCUAAACCCUGUGCCUUAGGUCUUAAAGUCCAGGCCAAUGGACCACAGAAAGCCCAACCUAAUGCUAUUCUGGAAAAAGUUUUCACUGCAAUUACAAAGCAUCCAGAUGAGAAGAGACUGGAAGGCCUCUCCAAGCAGCUGGACUGGGAUGUACGCAGUAUUCAGCGUUGGUUUCGACAAAGACGCAACCAGGAAAAGCCCAGCACUCUUACAAAGUUCUGUGAGAGCAUGUGGAGAUUUACAUUUUACCUUUAUAUAUUUACCUAUGGAGUCCGGUUCCUGAAAAAGACUCCCUGGCUCUGGAACACAAGGCAGUGCUGGAAUGGAUACCCAUAUCAGCCGCUGAUGCCUGACCUUCAUUACUACUACAUAGUUGAGUUGUCAUUCUAUUGGUCCUUAAUGUUUUCUCAGUUCACGGACAUCAAAAGAAAGGAUUUCAGCAUUAUGUUUACGCAUCACAUUGUAACAGUCAUUUUGAUAUCCUUUUCAUAUGCAACCAAUUUGACACGAGUGGGAGCCCUGACCUUGUGUCUUCAUGAUUCAGCUGACGUUUUGCUGGAGGCUGCCAAAAUGGCAAACUAUUGCAAGUGUCAAAAACUGAGUGACCUCCUGUUCCUUAUGUUUGCCGUUGUCUUCAUCGUUAGUAGGCUUGGCAUAUAUCCUUUGUGGAUAUUGAACACAAUGCUGUUUGAAUUGUAUGAAGCUUUGGGCAAUUUUCCUGCCUUGUGGUUCUUUAACAUGUUGCUCAUAGUACUUCAAGUCCUGCACUGUUUUUGGUCUUAUCUAAUCGUAAAAGCAGCUUAUAAAGCUAUCUCCAGAGGCAAGGCUGGAAAGUGGAACCCUUUGCAUGUAGCAAAGGAUGACCGAAGUGAUGUUGAGUCCAGUUCGGAUGAGGAUGAUUCAGUACCUCGUUCAAAUAAUCCACACAACUCUACCACCACGAAUGGGACCAGUGGUGCCAACGGGACAAAUGGAUAUCUUACUGGUAGCACUUGUUCAGAGGACCAUUAAUCCUUGAGCUAACUCAUGAAACAUGAACAAAGUGAACUCUUUACUACUAGAAGUAAAUAAUAAAUUGUGAAUGCGGUUUGUUCAUAAUCUCAGCAUCAGAAAAAAAAAUUAGGAGUAUCAAAGCAUACUGAUAGUGCACUGCCAUAUUUCCUGUUUGUGAAUGAAGAGACACACCAUUCUGUAUAUGUAGGCAUGCUGUACAUGUAUGUAAUUGACACAAUCGGAGCAGUAUUUUUAUUUGUACUGUCCUAGAAUAUUAUUUAUUUGGAAUAUGUUUGGGGACUUACGGACAAAAGGGAAUGUCCUUACUCUUUUGCUCUUUAGAUUCUCAGUACUGGAGACCGACAUGCUAAGAUCUCUUCGGUCCAUUCCUGUUGCUGUUGCCCAGUCUUCUAUAAGUAGUAGUCUGCUUGAUUUGUCACUCACAGUAAGCGAUAACAUGGCUUUACAGAUUCUAGCUCCGCUCCAGAUAGUUUUGCUAUCUUUGUGUUUUAAAGUGCUAGUUUUGAAAUCACCUCUAAAAUCACAGUGGCCAUUUCCCCAAUGUAAAGUUUGAAAACGAUGGAUUAAUAUUUUAAAUGGUGUCUAAUGUGGUCAAUUAGCAAUUCAGACAAAUCUGUGGUUAUUGUAGGGUAUUACUUUAGCAUUGUUUUAAACUCAAUUGGUGGUGAAUUACAUUAGAAUAGACUUGAUUACUUGUUCAAAUACACAAGAUACCUUUAUGUCAACAGCAAUGAUAAACUUGGUACUUGCAGUUUAGUUCUCCUUUGCAAGUUUUAACUCUACAGACUUCAGUUUCUUGCAUAGAUUUCAUGCUAAGAGAUGAUCCAUUGUCAGAAGAGAAAUGUUUGCUGAGGUGCACUGUUGUGAAUCCAGAAUUCAUUCUUGAAUUUGAGGAUUUGUUCCUUUGAGCUGGAAAGGAUGCGAGCAGUGGUACAAUGACAAAACAGCAGCUGAACAUUCGGGUUGCUUCAACAGACAGGAUUCAGUGGAGAUCUUGUUCUUAUCAUUCCAGAUUUUUUGUCAUACAGAAGUAGGGAGACUGCAGAAUGUUUUGCACUACCAGACCCAGAGAAGUUUAUUCAUAGCAAACUUUUAGGGCACAUCAGUAUUUUUUAUUGAACCUAGAAAUAAAGCUGGGAAUAGCUGUAAAAUAAUCUUGCUCUACUAUUCAAUCUGAGAUUUAGGUGUAGGAGCAAACUGUGCUCCCAAAGGAGUCAGUGUGAAUAGAAAUAGACUAUUCCUUUUUUGAUAUGAUCAUCAGUUUCUAGAAAACCCUUGGGUAAAGUAUUGCGAAGAGGACCUCUUUAGUCUUCUGUGCUAUCAACGGCAGUGCCAGCAGUAGGAGUGUUUCUGGGGAUCAGUCCCUAUGCAUCCUGCUUUUCAACAGUGAAAAUUAGAAAGAGGAAGGAAGGAGUAAACCAGAAACAGAAAAUCAUCUGUUACAUUACCAGGGGUGAGAGCACCAUCUUCAGCAGGAGCACUGUGAGCCAGAAAAUGCUUUUGUUUCCUCACGCUAUGCAAGUAUCAAAAUGCAGAUGAUUUCUCAGGCCGUAGAGUAUUAUUAGUGGCUUUAUUCCAUAUGAAUGGUACUGAAAAAAGCUACAAGACCAUUUUAUUUCUUUUGAAAGAUUGAUAUUUAUCCCAUCUCUUUAUCCAGUUAGUGUUUUGUGCUGGUUCUUGAAAGUCUCUGGAACCAUCAUUAUGCAUAAAGGCCCUUUGUACUAGCCAAAAAUGUGCAGACAGUAAAGGCAAGGCAACAAGAGUAAAAAUGGCCAUUCCACUUCAGGGAGGAUAAAUGUAAUAAUGGCAGAGAGGAAGAGAUGGAAGGAAAGGCAAAUGCACUACUAGUCUGUACCGAAAAUACCCUGAAUCUGAGAUCUGAAAUGGUACGCUGAUGUUGGGAUUAUAGAGAGAGAGCUUUUACGGUGAGACUAUAUUAAUGGGAUGUAGUGAAUUAAAAAUUAUAAUCUCUGAAAGGCCAACUGCCAAGACUAUCAUUAAGAAUAAAGGCUUAAACAUUGCUGUUUAGUGGGGUAGAUGGCUGCCUCUGUUUGGACUCUGUCCCUUAUGCAAAGCAAGGUGUAAGAAGUAGAGCGUCUCAGAAAAGUUUGGGAAUUCUUGAAACUCCAAAGUUCUAGAAUGCUGGUAAAUGUUUCAUUUUAUCUAAGGAUGCAGCCUUGUUUUAAAAUAGCAAUGUACGUAGGACACUAGCACCACGUCAGUAUCUGGGACAGAGAUUAAUUAGAGGUUCCACCUCCCCUCCUGUACAGUCAUGCAAGAGUCAUCACAAUCUGGCCUUUACAUCAGGUGUAUCCCACUCAUUUCAUUAUCAGCCCUCUCCAGCUGUCCUGGACAUUCCAAGUCCUAUUAGUAGCAGGAAAUGGGACUCUAAUUAAGAUGUAUCUGCAUGAGGAAGAUGUGAUAUUAAAAGUGGGUAGUUGGAAAAAUAGGGAUGGGGAUCAGAAUGUAUGAAGAGCUUUGCUAACCAUCACUGAACCAUUGCUAAACACUCAAUUCACAGUAUUUGAGGGAAUUGGGACAUUCAGCAACUUUCUCCCAUCCUUAUCAGACAGGACCAAAACUUCAAAAGGUUUGAUUGAACAUGCUUUACAGUAUUGUUCUCGGUCAUUACGUCAAUUGACAGGAGUCAAAACAGUUCUGACUCAGCCUUUGCAGAAGAAUAGUGUUUCACUCCACGAAGAGAGUGGCAUACAUUCAAAAAUAGUUUGUAUUUGAACCUGUGCUUAUGCUCUUAUAUUGAGAGAAAUUGUAAUGGGGAUGGAUCACUUUUGAUGGCUGUUGUAUAUUUUUUGGGUAAUGAUGUAUUUCACAAAACUUGUAAAGAGAUCUGACCUGUAAAUGGUUCACACAGCUCUGUAUAAUUGCAAAGGAUUGGAAGGUUGUGUACAUCAGUACAUGUCAAAUCAUCAUUAUCCAGUUCCGAAAGAAACAAGAAUUUGUAUUCCAACUAUAUAUUAGUAUUUUCAAGCUCUUCGCCUCCUAAUGAGCUAUUUAUCAUUUUUGCCUCACUUCAACUUCUAUGCUCCCUUUUUUGGUAGUACACUAAGAGACACUGUGGUUGGAAUAGGUAAGUAGAAAAAUGAAAAAGCAACAGACAGACUUUAUUAACAAAUAGUAAGAAUUUGUCUUCCGUUUCUAAUUAUCCCUGACACACAGUAAACUAAGAUUCAGUUCUCGUUGCAUUUACUCUUUUUUAGCAUUGACAUGCAAUAUACAAAAAGGAAAGAACAUGGUUUUAAUCAAAAGUUGAGAGUCCUAGAAUAUGUUAAAGAUCUAGUCAAUCAAAGAAAUAGGGGUGGAAUUUAGAUUGAUUUGAGUCUUGACCAAGGUUAUGUAGUGUCAGUUCUAAAAUACCAAAAUGUGACUCAUGCUGUUUCCUUGUUGCCAUUUUGUAGAUAUUUCUAUGGAUUAUUCCAUUUAAUGUUUCCAACAGAGGUAGAAUGGGUCGCAGCUUCCCUCUAUAUGCAUCCAGAUGUGCGUACUUCAACCUGGCAUCAAAUCUUUGUGAACAUUCAGCAUAGUCACUAAUGCCAAAACCCCUUUUCAGAGAACCAGCCAUGUGCACAAAAAGCUUCACGUACUUUCAAGUGGUUCUUCUGUUAAAUCUGAGUCCAUUAGGAGUGACAGAAAGUCACUAUGUAGCUAUGAACGCAACACUAUUUCAAAAAAAAUUUGCUCUGCAACCAAAUGCCAUUGAUAAUCAACAUAAGUGUCUCUGGCUAGAUACUACGCAUAGUAGGCUACACCGAAUUUUCUAGAAAUCCAAUGCCUGUAUUCGCAAAAGGAAAGGAGUACUUGUGGCACCUUAGAGACUAACCGGUGCCACAAGUACUCCUUUCCUUUUGCGAAUACAGACUAACACGGCUGUUCCUCUAAUGCCUGUAUUAUUCAUCUCACUUAACUGCACAUCAUUAUUCCAGCCUCCUGUAAUUCUCAAUGAAAGACAGGAUGCCAUUGGUUUUCUACUGUUGAUACUUUGAUAUUUUUUUAAAAAAUCCUGUUUGCUAAAGUUCAUUCUUUGUAUAUUUCCAGUUAGCUACUACUUGUGAGAUUUGUGAGAGAGGAUCUGUUGAACACUUUGUAACGUUUGUUGUAACAUAGACCAGAAUAGGCCCAACCUCACAGUGUACUGUAAAUUACAGUUGCCUUGAAACCACAAAGCAAAAUCAGUUUGUAUUAUUUAUAUGCUUUGAGUGCUUUUGGUUUAGAAAUGGGACCUAAUGGGAAUUUUACAAAGACAGCUUUUUUUUAAACAAUGGUGGAAGUUUGGAAAAGUUGACAUACAUAUAUAGCCUUUACAUUGUAAGGGUUUCUGAUUGUAGUUGCAAUGAAAACACAGUGUUUGAGUGUGUCUGUAUUGAGUUCUCCAUUUUUGAAAUAGCUUCCAGUUCUAAUAAUGGAGGAAACAGUGUAUAUAUUAUGGUGUGACAGUUUAGAAUCCCAUCAAGCCUAGAGCUUUAAUGAUCAGACAUGUCAAACUGUAAACCAUGUGAUUUGUAAUGUUCUGUAGACCUUUACUGCUCUAAAAUUAUCUAUGGAACAAAAACACAUACAUUCUGGGUCCCAUAGAGCUUUGAGUCCCUUUAGCUGGGUCCAUGAAUUCUAAGGCUUUAUUUUCCUACACAUUAGCGAUGUUAUAUGUGCUUUUUAGCUGAAAAGUCAGGGUGGGACGGAUGACACAAUUUCACCUGUGUUUUCAUGACAGUUCUGUGCUUCAGCAACUCUCUCAGAAAUACGAUGUGUUAGAAUUCCACUGUCUGAAGUACAGCGCUAUAUUAAGCAGUUAGAAUUGUUUUAUGCAUAGAUAUUGUGCAAAACUUUGAGAGUUACUUUGUGUUUUAUUGUUUUUUGGUUUCAUUUUUAAUAUGGAACCAAUCAAUAUUGUGAAUUAUUUUAAUUUGGAGACAAUUUCAUAAUAAACAUAAGCAUUAGGAA